CGCCCGCGCGACUUCCCAGCGGCCCCGUGCGGCCCGGGCAUGCCCAGUGCGGGCGCAGCGGCCCCUGCCCUGGAGGCGCCCGGGAGGGAGCAGGCUGCUGGGCGCGGAGGGGCGCGGAGGACCCAAGCGGGCUCGCGGUGGGCAAGGGGUCGGCCUGGGCCGGAGCCGCGGUGGCGGAGCUGCCUGCGGGAGUAUUAACAGAAGUUUCUUACUCUAGAAACUUCUUUACCUGAAGUGAGUGCAUCUGUAGGAUCUGACCUAAGGAGCAGAUGGUACAUAUGGUUGUGCAAGCGGCCUUCCUGCUGCUGUAUUCCCUGCUCUUCCAGUUCUGGGUGGCAGUAGUCCAGCUGGGUCAGUAAGGUCCUUCAUGAUGAAAGAUUUUGGUACGCUACUCCCUCUUCUGUGUAGUUGGUAGUUUGGGUGGUGAAGAGAUGGCUGACAGUGUCAAAACUUUUCUCCAGGACCUUGCCAGGGGAAUCAAAGACUCUAUCUGGGGAAUUUGUACUAUCUCGAAGCUAGAUGCUCGAAUUCAGCAAAAGAGAGAGGAGCAGCGUCGUAGAAGGGCAAGCAGUGUCCUGGCACAGAGAAGAGCCCAGAGUAUAGAGAGGAAGCAAGAGAGUGAGCCACGUAUUGUUAGUAGAAUUUUCCAGUGCUGUGCAUGGAAUGGUGGAGUAUUCUGGUUCAGUCUCCUCUUGUUUUAUCGAGUGUUUAUUCCUGUGCUUCAGUCAGUAACAGCCCAAAUUAUUGGUGACCCAUCCCUACAUGGAGAUGUUUGGUCGUGGCUGGAAUUCUUACUCACGUCAAUUUUCAGUGCUCUUUGGGUGCUUCCUCUCUUUGUGCUUAGCAAAGUUGUAAAUGCCAUUUGGUUUCAGGAUAUAGCUGAUCUGGCAUUUGAGGUAUCAGGGAGGAAGCCUCACCCCUUCCCUAGUGUCAGCAAAAUCAUUGCUGACAUGCUCUUCAACCUUUUGCUGCAGGCUCUUUUCCUCAUCCAGGGGAUGUUUGUGAGUCUCUUUCCCAUCCAUCUUGUUGGUCAGCUGGUUAGUCUACUGCAUAUGUCCCUUCUCUACUCACUAUACUGCUUUGAAUAUCGUUGGUUCAAUAAAGGAAUUGAAAUGCAUCAGAGGUUGUCAAACAUAGAAAGGAAUUGGCCUUACUACUUUGGAUUCGGUUUGCCCUUGGCUUUCCUCACAGCCAUGCAGUCCUCAUACAUUAUCAGUGGCUGCCUCUUCUCUAUCCUUUUUCCUUUAUUCAUUAUCAGCGCCAAUGAAGCAAAAACCCCUGGCAAAGCAUACCUUUUCCAGUUGCGCCUCUUCUCCUUGGUGGUUUUCUUAAGCAACAGACUUUUCCACAAGACGGUCUACCUACAGUCUGCGCUGAGUAGCUCAGCCUCUGCAGAGAAGUUCUCUUCGCCGCAUCCGUCUCCUGCCAAAAUGAAGGCUGCUGCAGGCCACUGAGUCGCCUACACCCCAAGGGGAUGGGUGGGACUGGAAGGACGCCGUGGCAGCUCUUUUCCUGGUUCCGUCCUUCACCAGGGAAGGCAGGACCCACUCUGCCAAGGUCCCUCUACACAUUCCCUUGUCUGACAAAUUGGAAUUUUUGUCUCUGGUGCACAUAAGGCAGAAACCUUUCUGACAAUAGUAUGUGGAUUUUUAACACCAGUGAGUCUGAAAGGACCACAGGUUUUUCUCAGCUCUUUUCUAGCAUUUGCCAGCCCCCCUGCCUGGACUGAUUUGAAUACUUUUUCUCCCUGUGCCAUUUACCUGCCCUCGUCCCCUUCCUGCCUUCCACCACCCUUGGAUGAAUGGAUUUUGUAAUUCUAUCUGUUGUAUUUUGUGGAUUUUUGUUUUUCUGUGAAGCACAUAUAUUGGAUGUGGGGGGUAAAGGAGUAUCUCAGUUACUCCUGGUCACGCCCUUUAUAGCCAUCACUGUCUUGUUUCUCGUAACUCAGGUUAGAUUUUGGGCUCUCUUGCUCCACUGCAAAAAACAUGCCUGAAGAGAUGGGACAGGAGGAAUGACCUCCCAGCCAGAUCUGCUGAGUUUUGAGGAGUGAUUUUCUUUAUUCCCCUUGAAAGGGGGAAAGCAGCUUUUUUCACUGGUACAUUUAAAGUUCCCCUACUGUAGGGAGGUACCAAUUUUGGACAAGUGCCACUACAACACAGAAUGCUCAGAGAACCUGAACUUCUAAACUCUGAAGGUCUGAAAUUUACUGUGGGCCACUGCCAGGUCUGUCUGGUAUUUCAAAGGAAUAUUGGGUGCUGCAAAUAGGACUGAAGGGGUAAACUUAUUAAACCCAUUAAACCUGUGACUGGU